AUGUCCGCCCGCGACGGGAACGAUAUCCAGUCCUCCGACGUUGAUUACGAAACUGAUGAUCAGAACCACGACUUCAAAAAGCGCAAGACCGUUCCGCUAGCGUUCACCAAGGCGUACGCCCGUGACUGGACCGAGAAAGACGCUUUUAGAGAGUUCUAUCAAAACUGGCGAGAUGGCAUUAUCGAGUCUUUCAAUCUACGACUGGACCAAGUCCGGCCGAUCUUCGUCCGAAACGACCAUGAUGAGAUUCACAUCACCGCGUCAACCGCAGGCACAUCUACGCCGAGAUUACUUGGAUAUAUCAUCUUCAAGAGCCAGCAGGGAAGCCUCGAGAUGACCAAUUUCGAGGCUAAACUGGAACGCAGACAUCUUUACCUGGGAGAGUCGAACAAAGGCAGUGAUUCUCGCUCUGCAGGAGGUCACGGUGAGGGCUUCAAAGUUGGAGCACUGGUUUUGCGUCGAAGCGGCUAUUCCGUAAGAUUCGAGACAAAUUCUCUGUAUUGGAACUUCGGCUUCGCAAAAGACAGCGCCCUUCUCUGUUGCGCCCUAGCCAAACCACAACAGUCAGUGCUGGACAAAGAGGCGGAAACACACCGAAAUCAGCAAAGCACGCUAAAUCAAGGACGAGGCCUUGUUGCACGAAUCCGAGAGGACAUGACUGUCAAAAUCGGGAAAUCGACGGACGACAAGCAUGGCAUCAGACCCAAGAAAAAUGGUAUUUCCGAGGCGACUUUCCGUGCCUGGCUCACGGUGUCGCUCGAUCUGGAUCCGCCCAAUGCGGCGCAGGUAAUACACACCCCUGCUGGUGAUCUGAUUGGGGAUCCUCGGUAUCGUGGCCGGGUCUACGUCAAAGGUCUUCUUGUUAGCGAAUAUCGUGUCGACAAGUCUGGUGGGAAGGACUACCGAUUCAGUUACAAUUUCAAUAGCGGAAACGUCAACCGCGACCGGCAGAGCCUUCUGGACCCGAGAGAAGAGGCAAAAAUGUUAGCCAAGAUCUGGGAAUCAGCCAUCGCCAUGAAAGGGGUUGCGAUUGUUAAUUCUUAUAUCGAAUUGUUCAACCAAAACGAGGAGGUUCCGGACAUAGCGAUGGCAUUGAAGAUUGUUUCGCACCUUACGGCGAAGAACAUCUGCAAAUACCUCAAGAUGUUUCAUCCAGAAGCGUUCUUCUACUCGGAGCGAGAGGAAAGCGAGCAAAAUCCGACUACGGACGAAGACAUUAUCUCGCACGAGCUAGAGAAGAAGCCCUUUAAGUUACCGAAGAAGCUUUGGCAGAUCAUUCGCAAACAUGAAGACCGACAUGGCCGAAAGUUGAUGCUUACACCCCUUGAAGAAAGAAGGCGCUUGUUCCAAAUGUCACCGCGGAUUGGCCUACCCACUGAUAUGUUUGGCCUCAACGUAGUCCGGGCUUUGAAAGGAUCAUUUUCGCUCGAUGUCAAGUUGGUCGAUUUGCACUUCGAGUUUGUCGAUGGUGCCCAAACAAGCAUUGAUCUCCUCUACGACCAGAACCUCGAAGUCCUCCACAUUCAUGGGAAGUGGCUGAACUUCACGCAUAUGCACCGAGGGUCUAGCUGCGAGUUCUUCAGAGCCAUUGGACAGCGACCAACCGAUAGUGAUCGCGGCUUUGUCUGUGACCACGUCGUCCAAGAUUUGCUCGAAACAGCCUUUGAUGAACUCCGCAUGCCUUUUGGCUUAACCCAGGAAAGUGCCUCUUGCCUUCGACGAAACGCAGUCGAAUACCUACGACAAAUGCCCAGGGCAGUCACACUCGAAGCCCCGGAAGCCGCUAAGACGCUAAAGGUGAGCUGGAUAGGAAAUGAGAGCGCGAUCUUGGUCCGGCAAUUCGGUGCAAAUAUCCAUUACUCGGUCACUCUUCACAAGGCAAGCUCAUGCGAGAGAGAGAUGGGAGUCGUUCUGAACACAAGCACUCCAGAGACGGAUAUCUCAGACACACCAACCGAGGCGGACCAUGCCCACAAGGCCUGUGGCUGUCCCACGCAAAUUAUCGCACGGGCGGAUUCUAAGGCUGUUUUCACAGAACUUGAUUACACGGAGGCUUAUUUCCCGAUGGUAUCGAGGGCAGAAGGACCAUCCUUUUUUGGGCUGCCCCCUUCGGCACUGAAGCCUAGAGAAUCCAUAAAUGCCACGGCGCAAGCAUCUGAUGGGCAACAUGACACGGCGAUGGCCCCAACGCAGCGAAAAAAGACACAUUCACUCCAUUCUAGUGCCUCCGACAACCUAACAGACACUCCUUGUGGCUAUUACGACGACUUGCCAGAAGGUCCUCGGGGUGACUUCGACGACUCUCGAGCAGCCACAUCUGGUGCCCCUGGGGACACAAUAGAGCCGGCUGCAGUCCCUCUCCGUGACUUCCACAACACAAUUGCGCAAGAAGAUGAGAAUACAUGGGCCGAAUGGCACGACCAGCACCUCCCACAAGCUUUCUCUGGGCUCCUUCCGCCACGAAAAGGCAGUAUUCAGGUCCGCAGAGCUCCUCUACGAGCACCCUUGCACGACCGGGAUCUCAACCAUACCUUCGAAAGACGUCAGUAUGCGUGGGUUCAGCUAAGUGGAGAAUCAGGAGAACAGCUCAUUUACAUCCACGAUAUCUUCCAGCAGGAGAACCAAUCCGAAGUCGACUAUUAUUUGCUCGCCACACUAUAUUCAUCCUUCAGGUCGAUCUUUCCGUCUGGCAACGUAGCGACUAAUGGACGUGGAGCAGAGCGUGGAAAUGAACUGAUUCUGCACUUCAGUGACUUCGACAAGAUGAGAACGCCUGAAGACGCGGCCCUGAUCUUGCUUGCCGACAUCUCUGCAGCACGAUAUCUUGACGAUGGUAGGACCGCAGUCUCUCAUGUGUUCCAACACCUUCCAGCCGACCAUGGGGACCUCUAUUGCCGUUUUGCCAUCCGAGAUUCCACUGCUGAAAAUACCGCAUCCCUUACGCCUCUGGCUGCGCAUUUGUUAGAAACUCAAGAGGAGCUGUGGAGCAGGCCCAAGUUUUGCAGCCCGUCGACACCUCUGGCAUUCGACCUGAGCCCAGAGGUCCUUGGGGUUUCCGAAGGGUUUUCUCAGGCAGGCUUCGUUAUCCAAGCAGCGUUCGGCAUUGACGAAACCCAGCCCAGCACAUGGAAGGACCGACACAACUCCGCUCAAACAUUUGAUGGAGCCAUCCUAGAUACUUUUGAUGACCUCAACACAAGGAAGCUUUUGCCUAUACAACUCCCGGAUCCGGUGCCCCCUCGGAUUGUGCUUCUUGCUGGCAAACACACAUAUUUCAGGAUCAACAAGCUGAACAAGCAGAUGCCACGGUUGGACCAAUUUCUGCACGAUCUCGAAGUUAUCGACACGGCAGCUGCGAAAGAAGGUCCUAACUUUCUCGUCAUGUUUAUGUCUCCCGCCCUCCUCCAUUCGUCUGCAUUCUCGAGGUUUUCCGAAACCAUUCUCAGACUCAUGAAGUUGAGGUACUCCGUCCACAUGAAGAUUGUCCAGGUGAGACAAUGCGGCUUGCCGCAAGAACGAAGCAUAUUGGUUAUUGUGGCAUCGCCCAUUUGUGCGCCGCUACCCUGGAAGGAUGAGAGAUACACUGUGCAGUCCACGGACGUUGGUACCCUUGGCGAACUACUCGCAGACUUGAAUUUUGGGAACGAACGGAUGGCCAACAAGGAGUGCUCCGGAUUUGUGUGCUCACCUCCCCAGGAUAAUGAGAGGACAGGAAGCUCCAGCCUCGUUCACGUCUACAAUCAUUACACCGGAAUCAGUGUUGCUGAUGGCCGUGGGCAUAUCGAUGUGGAGGCAAAUACUACUUUGAGACUGGCCAAUGGCCCGAAACCGUGGAAGCACCCAGAUAGGCCUGACAGACUCACCAUUCGCGAGCUCGCUCGCGUGCAGGGCAUUCCGGACGACUUCAAAUUCUGGGGCCCGAUAGAAUCUCAAUACGAAGCUGUAUGCAAGGCAAUACCUCCCGUCAUCGCGAAGAUGGUAGCAGACACCAUCGGCCAGGCCAUCCGGAAUACCUUGCCAGUUACUGUAGACACAGCUAGAAGAAACAAGAGGCCGAGAGUGGCUAUUGCCGAAGAACGUUGCUGA